AUGAGCGAAAGCAGUUCAUCUCAAGUUCCUACUCAAAGCUUUGAAACCAAAAAAUGCUCUUAUUGUAAGAAGAUAAAGAGCAAAGCUGAUUUUCAUCAUCUUCGCAGUGAUGAUCCGCUAUACAAACAUGGAACCUAUAAUAUGUGUUUUGAAGAGCACUCUAAAAGAAGACAUGAAAAGAAGGCAAAGACAGAUACCUACCUUAAUUUAACAGUUCCAACCAUUGGUAUCUCAAUUUCUAAUGUUACAAAUACUUAUCAAGUCGAUGACAGCCUUGAAGUUUAUGAUGAUCAUGAGCCAACAUCAGAAGCUAACCCUGAAUUUGCAAAUGCGAUACAAAUUGAAGAAAUAGAAAAAAAUAUUACUACUACACAAGAUGAUGAAUAUAACGAUCUUGAUCUUGAGGACGGAUCACUGGACUUGAAAAAAGUUAAAGAAAGCUUCGCACAACUUACUAAAAUCCUUAUUUUACCAUUGGAAUCUGGAUCCGGAUAUUAUUGGAAUAUACAUAAGUUAUGCUUAAAUUUAAAAAGAAAAGCAUUUACAGGAUGUGCUACUGCAUACCUUUACUGUGCAUCAUGUGACGAUCAAAUUUGGCAACGGCAAGAUAAUCAAGAGGUCAAAAGAGGGUUUAAAAUUCUAACUCAUUUUGAUAAUAAUUUCGUGCAUGCCUUGGGAUUCAUUACUCCAUUGUUUAGUCGAAUUGGUGUAGAAAAUAUAACCGAAAUAGUAAUAGACUCUACAUUUAAAACAAAUCAAAAGCAAUUUGAACUUUUUGUUGUAAAUGCUAACUGUAGAGGAUAUAGUAUGCCGUUAGCAUAUUUAUACCUACUUGUAUUGCAUAAUCCUGAAGUAAUAUAUCAUUAUCUGGAAGAUGGAAUUACUACCCGUAUACAGGUUCUUAAACAUUUUUUCUUCGGUCUUCGUCAGGAGGGGUUGUUGCCUUCAUUUGUGCUAUUAGACAAGGACGCUGGCGAAAUUUUAGCUGUUGGUGAAGCCUGGUUCUGGAAAACAAAUAUUCAAUUAUGCUAUUGGCAUUUAGAAAAUGCUAUUAGUAAAC